UUUAAAAACUAAUUCGUUCGUUCGUUCUUUUCAGCCAAAUGACAUUCACUGCUGGACAAAAGCCUCCCCCAAGGACCAGUCCUGCGCUGCCCGCAUCCAGGUUUUUCCGACCCGUGGUCGCCAUUCGACUUUUCUGCCCUAACGGUCAUCAGCUCUACGAGCUAAAAACGAAUUAUUGAUAGGUACUCGUACAUUGAGGUUUUACACAACAUAAGACAUCUGAAAAUACUCAAGAGUUAGAAGGAACAAAUUUUGUCUUUUAGUUUUGAGAACCAAUGUCUCACGUUAUCAAACAAUCGAUAAGAGAUGACCUCAGAGUACUAUGUCAUACCUAAUUAUGAUUCAUCCUUUGUGAACUAAGAUCCGGCCUAGACGUUGGGUUGUUUUAGAAACAUUGUAACUGUUGUAAUUACUAUUGAAAAUUAACGUGUGUAUUUUAUUUUUUAAUUAUAGUUUUUGAAACUUAGGCCGUUAGUAUGCGUUGAUAGUGAUAGGAUUCUGCACGCUGUAUACUUUUUUAAUCAUUUAAGUAAUUAAUAAGUAAUUUCAAAGUUCAGUUACUUAUGGCCCUUAUAUACAGACGAUUUAAACAAUUCAAACCUUUUAGUGCGAUAAGAAAUAUUGUAGAGGGCUUUCUUAUAACCAUAGUAUUUCUAGGGCCACUAACAUUGUUUGAUGUUGAAGUGCCUCGCGAAGAACAAGAUUAUUAUGAAAGAGUCGGUGAACGUAUACUCAUGUACAACUUAACAAUUGAACAAUAUUAUGAAAAACGAAAACAUUGGGUAACAUCAAAUUUAGGAACGAUUCUGUUCAAAAACCAGCCUAUAAAGUAUAAACCACAGAACAGAACAUUCACUGUGUUGGUUUAUAAACACUGGCAUUGGUUCAAACACAGACACAUGACAAAAAAAUCCUUUGCUACGUGCAGUGUGAACAAUUGCAAAUUCAUCGGUGAAGAUAAGCUCAUAAACUCAGUGGAUGCAGUGGUAGUCCAUAUGCAGCAGAAAAAGUUCCCUUGGGUCGAUAAAAGGAACACAACUCAAAGAUGGGUAUUUUUGACGGAGGAGUCCCCGAUUCACACUUUCAUUCACCCUGAUCCAAAUAUUUCUGAUAUUUCUAACACUUACAACUGGUCUAUGACAUACAGAAGUGAUUCAGAUGUGCCUAUACCAUAUGGCCGCGUUGUGCCUAUACCCGAGGAGUUGAUGCAUGAGAUGGCCUACGACCCGAUCACCAAGCACAUCCCAUACUGGGAGCAGAAGCAAAGAAAGGUGUUGGUGGCCGCUUUGAUAUCCCACUGCAACGUACCACACCGUAUGAACUAUAUUCGCGAACUGGAGAAAUAUAUAAAAGUGGACAUUUAUGGAGGAUGUGCACGCAAUUUGAAAAUGAAAAACAGUUGCCCUGGCCACACAGCAGCCGAUUGCCCGAAGUUGAACAAGUAUCUCUUUUAUUUAGCCUUUGAAAAUUCAAAAUGUCGUCAAUACCUUACCGAGAAAGUGUAUCACAAUGCAUACGACAAAGGCGCCAUACCAAUAGUGAUGGGACCUCCCGUAGCGGACUGCGUGAAAUUAUUGCCUCCCAACUCAUUUUUGCACGUUAGCGCGUACGAUUCCCCGCGAGAGCUCGCAAUGGAAAUAUUAUACCUCAGUAUAAAUGACGAAUAUUUCGAAUUGUUCCAUAAAUGGAGGUUUUACUUUAGCGUUAUUAAUGAACAUGGCUUCCUUGGGACGACGUCUCUGCAACUCUGCAGGGUUUGCGAAGCUUUGAACUAUAAUGAUAACGGGACUAAAGUAUACGAUGAAGAAUCGAUGAAAAUAUACGUGGAUCGUAACAUAUUGUGCAAAAUAGGACAACCCUAUACUUGCCACUAAAAACGUGUGUCAAAAACUCUUGAAUGUUGAAUGCAUUAUUCAAGAGCUUUAUUAAUACAGGUACCCAAUACAACAGAAUAGGUUAAAAAUAUCAUUUGAAAUAGGAUUUCCCUCUGGUUUCUAAUUUUUUUUAACUGCAAGAUUACCUAAGUUAGAAAUAAAGAUAAUUAUUUAAAGCACUUUUGUUUUUAACUAACUGCGGUAGAA